AUUUGGUCUCUUCCAGCGUUCGUCACUCUGCUGAAUGGAGAGCAGGCACAAAACGCCAUUGGGAAGUAUCACCAGUAUUCUCUUCGGGGAAAAGAGAUAUCAGUGCAACUGCAGCCGACAGAUGCUUUGCUGUGCAUUACCAAUUUACCCACUUCGUUUACCUUGGAAGAGUUUGAAGAACUUGUGCGUGCCUAUGGCAAUGUUGAGAGGUGUUUCUUGGUCUAUAACGAAGUUACUGGCCAUUCCAAGGGCUACGGCUUUGUGGAAUACAUGAAGAAGGACUCCGCUGCCAAGGCCAGGCUGGAACUUCUGGGGAAGCAGUUGGAGGAGAGCACUCUCUUUGCACAGUGGAUGGACGUGAACCAGCUCACCCCAAAUCUUAUUCACUCUAAGUGCCUUUGUGUGGAGAAAUUUCAGAAAGACUGUGCUGACUCCAAAGAACUGAUCCAAGCUUUCUCCCUGAAGUAUAAACCUGUGUUCUGCCAGUUUGCUCAGGAUGAAGACAGUAACAUCGGUGACUUUGCGGUGGUGGAGUAUGAAACUGCAGAGCAGGCUGAGAAGGUACAAGAACUCACGGAUGGAAUGACUGUCAAAGGAAAGAGAGUGCAGGUGUCCUACUGUGCUCCGGGAGCCCCAGGCAGAAGCACGUUGGCAGCACUUAUAGCAGCACAAAGGAUGAUGAGGAACAACAGGAAGGGCUUGCUUCCAGAGCCAAAUCCAGUGCAGAUUAUGAAAAGUUUUAAUAACCCAGCAAUGUUGCAAAUGCUGCUGCAGCCCCAGUUGCGUGGACAUGCUGUUAAACCUGCAGUUCUUGGAGCAUCUGCAGGUUUACCUCACCUUAUAAAUUCAGCAGUUGGGCCACCUUUUUUGCAGCUGAAUAAAGUUCAUCAGAGUUCACUUCUGGGGAGUGCAUCUAACUUACUGCUGCAGAGCCCUGCUCAGAUGCCACUGCCGCAGCAGCAGCUGAUGAAGAUAGAAAACCUUCAGGCUAAUAGUAAACCGGGUUUGCUGGGAGAACCUCCAACAAUGCUCCUACAGACAGUACUGGGACUAGGGGUAAUGCCAUCAGUGAGUUCAGGCCUGGGAACCCGUGCAGAAGCUCUGAAGUCAGCAGCAACAGCAGGGAUGGGCAUGCUGCCAUUCUUCCCGAAUCAGCACAUUGUUGGACAAGCUAUGCCAGGGCAAAAUAAUGCUCCAGAUAAACCAGCGCCUACCGAAGCGGUUGUCUCGGGAUCACAGCCCUAUCAUCAGACCUUAACAAAUCUUUCUGCGGGAGCUUUGAGGGCUGGCCAUGCCAAACAACAAAACCAACUAAAAAGUACUGAUGCAAAUUUGGGGACUCCCUUGAAAAAACAGACUUCGCUACUAGGAGACCCACCAAAAGAAAUCCGUCUUAGUACCAACCCCUACUUGAACUUGGCAAGUGUGUUGCCUGGUAUAUGUCUUCCAGCAAUUGCCAGCAAAGCCUCUAGUCCACCACAGCAGACUGGGCUUUCAAACAACCUCGUGGAUGCUGCUGUGUCUCAGGGAACUACAUCACAACACGCAAUGGAAAACUAUUUGAAUUACUCCCAGCAGCAUGGGGAAUACACACAGGAGGCUGUUCAGGAGUGGUAUCAGCAUUAUGCUCAGGCAUAUAACCCUACCCAGGCAAGAGUUGAUGAAUUUGAAAAUGAAGCCUCUGAGGAUUCUACAGGUGGAUCUUACCCAGACUACGGUCCCUGCUUGCAGGUCAUGCCUACACUUUACAGUGGAGCCCAGGGAUCAUACCAGCCAGGCAGCUUGCAGCUUCCUCCACAAACCCCAUUAACUAAGGUGGCUCCAGCGAGGAGUGAGAAGCGAGGCUCCUCGUACCUGCUGUCCCCCCCCGAGCCCAGCCCCGUGGAGUACCUUGCCCAGCAGACUCAGGGCUCCGCAGUGCGUUACGCUGAAUCCUCGCUGAAGAAGAAGCGCGUCUAUUGACACCGCCAUCGCCACUCCUGCCCCAGGGUGUGAGGGCAGGGUCUCGUACCUCUGCUAUUUAUUGCUGCCUUAACUUCAGACAAGUAAUUCUUCUUUCUGUGUGGGUUAGAAGUAUCCCAAGAGGAACAGCCUCUGCAACGGGCGCGCCUGCCGAGGAAGCGGUACGUAUGGCGACGAGGUGAGCCGGGCCUCGGGAGUCUGGACUUGCCUUCUGAAGGGAGGGGAUGGAGUCUCCUUUGUCAUCUGCCACUGCCAGCCACAGUGGGCUGAGGCUGACAGCACUGAGGAACUGGGUGAGUGUGGGGAGCUUCCCAGCUGAAAGCAAUACAAGUCCUGAGGAGGGAUUGCUGAGCCUUCCUCUUCUCCCCGGACCCGAGGGAGUUAAAAGAUGAAGUCUUGAUAGUAAUUUUUUCUUAUUUUUUUAACUGAGAAUGUGGGGUUUUUUUCAGUCUUACUUUUUCCAGGAUUAAGAGUUCUGCAUUUACAGCCUUUAAAUUUUUACUAUAUUUCCUCUUAAUCCUGGAAUGGAGAUAUACCAAAUGUAUUACCAGAGCCUCUGUGAUGUUUUCAAUAAAUGUUUGUUAAAAGUAAAA